AAUGAGGAAUAGAUAUUUUUAUUAAUUAACCCCUACCAGAUCACGUAGGAAAGAUUCAAUCGAAUCUGAUUUCUCAUCCUAUACAGGUUAAACUACAAAUACAUCUUAAAUCAAUUAGAAGGAUAGACCAAAGUAUUUCUAGGAAAUCGAUAAUCAAAAUGCUCCUUUUAGUCAUAAUACAAUUAUUUCCCAACAGAUUUAAUAUAGAUGUAUGAAUGGAGAUUAUAUUUAAUUAUGUAAUGAACAUUUUGAAAUGAAAAACUAAACCAUUUUAGUAAUACAUAUGAAUAAUAUUUUUAGGCAAACGAAAUUAACAAUCAAAGUUAAAUUUCAAUUUUCUUAAAUAUUAAGUUAGAUUAAUCAGAAGAUUUAUUAGGAGUAUGGAUAUCUAAAGAUAUUGCCUAAACUUAUAAUUCUGAUGUACUAUUACUUGAAUGUUAUAUAACUGGAGAUAUCAAUUAAUAAAAUAUUAAACUAAUUAAUUAUUCCAUAUUAUUAGCUGAUGAAUUGUUCAUUACAUGUUAAAGUAUUUAACAAUUUAAUACGUUCAUUACAUUAUUGAAAUAAGUUGGUUAAAAACUUUAAUCUCUAAAUAUAGUAGAAAUAGAAUAAGAUGAAUUAGAUAUUAGAUAAAUUAAUGAAUUAAAAUAAUAUUGUGAUUUUGUAUCAUACUCUAAAAAGUUUCCAUCAAAUUUAAUUGAUUUAUAAUGGUAAUAUUAUGAUUACAAAUAAAACAAGUAAAUAACAUAUUAUUUUAUUUAGUUCUCGUCUUAUUCCUUUAAAAAAAUGGAGAGGAUUUAAUCUAAAUUGUAGAUGUUUUUUUAAAUUAGCAGAAGUUUUAGCAUAAUUUGUUUCAAAUUAUGAAAAAAUUAAUGAUAUUAUUAAGGAUGUAAUUUACAAUAAAGUAUUUGAACAUAUAAUUGAUGAUUAACUUAGUGAAUUUUAAAUAUAAUAUGAAGAAAAUAUUUAAAAAUAAAUUAUACCUAUAUUACCAUCAAUUGAAAUUUAUCAAUUAUUAUUUUAAGAAAGAAUGAAAAUAUAGGAAAAUGUUUUUGAAGAAAUGCAUAUGUUUAAAGAAUUAUCUUAUUUCAAAUUAAAAUAUUAGUAAUUUUUAAAUAAAAUUGAUUAAUAUGAAAAUGAAUACCUUUUAUUUAAUAAAGAAAUUAUUGAGUGUUUUUAAUCCAAAAAAAUUACAGACUAUUUGAAAGAUGUAUAUUAUAGUAAAAUAUUUGAUUAAACAUUCUUGACCACACAAAACAUAUAAAGUGAAAUUUCAUCAAUUUUUAUCAAGUAAUAAAACCAGAAAUUCUAGAUUAUUUAGUAUUUUUACAGAGUAUCUUGCGAAACACAACUAUGA